AUGGCUAGUCAGAGCAGCGAUGAGCUGUGUACAGCCAUGCUGGGCCCAUCGGCUGACGCAGAGGCAGCAACGUGGGUCCCCUCUCGUGCGUCCCCGCAUCCCAACGUGGAUUCACGGGAGAGUUCGGAGAAGCAGGGCGACCAAGCCGAGAGCCCAGAUCCCGUCUCCCAAGACAACCCGCCACCACAGGGCGCAGACUACGGUGUGGCCAACCAGAGUAUUCUUCAGCUCUCCCUCCCAAGAAAGCUCUGGACGAUGGCGGAGGAGCCCGCCUUCACCUCUGUGCGCUGGAAUGACAAGGGAGAUAUGGUGAUCGUCGAGGAAGACCUCUUCCAGAGGGAGGUUCUUCACCGCAGAGGCGCAGACAGGAUUUUCAACACAGACAGCUUGACGACUUUCAUCCGCCAAAUGAACCGGCACGGAUUCAGCAAAAUACGCCUGACCAGCCACUCUCCAGGGAAGAAGAGGCUGAUGAUCUUCUGCAACUCCAACUUUCAGAGAGACAAGCCUCUGCUCAUCGAGAACAUUCAGAGAAAAUGCAACCUGGGAGCAACUGAUCAGCCCGGGACCAGCGCAACAGCCCCGAAGGGAAAGAAGCCGGUGGCUGCCACUAGACGCUCCCCACAAAUCCCUUACAACGAUUCCACCACCCAGAAGAAAGCCCCAGCACGUGCUCUACGAGCGGGAUGGGCCAGGGGACACCACGCCCCCAGUGAGCAGGGCGGCCUGAGCGGGCAGGGCACUCCCUGGAAUGUCACUUCUGUGCCCCCGCUUGGCGCCAGGGAACUGCCCGCCAGCCCCACGGUUUACCCGGCUUAUGGCUCGGAGAUGUCUCUGUACAACAGCUGUCUCUCCCUCCUGCCGGGGGCCCUUUUAGCUACGUCCCCAAACAAGGUCCCUGAGGUGGACGAGGAGUAGGGGGGCUCCUCAGACUGCAGGCGUGCUCUCCGCCAACAGUGCAAGGACCACUGUGAUCCCUGA